AGUGGGAGAGAGAUCUGUAUGAGAGACAGUGAGAGUGGGAGAGAGGUCUGUGUGUGAGAGACAGUGAGAGUGGGAGAGAGGUCUGUGUGUGAGAGACAGUGAGAGUGGGAGAGAGGUCUGUGUGUGACACAGUGAGAGUGGGAGAGAGGUCUGUGUGAGAGAGACAGUGAGAGUGGGAGAGAGGUCUGUGUGAGAGAGACAGUGAGAGUGGGAGAGAGGUCUGUGUGAGAGAGACCGUGAGAGUGGGAGAGAGGUCUGUGUGAGAGACAGUGAGAGUGGGAGAGAGGUCUGUGUGAGAGAGACCGUGAGAGUGGGAGAGAGGUCUGUGUGAGAGAAUGAGAGUGGGAGAGAGGUCUGUGUGAGAGACACACACAGAGUGGGAGAGAGGUCUGUGUGAGAGACACACAGUGAGAGUGAGAUCUGUGAGAGAGAGAGAGACACAGACAAGUGAGGCGUCGGUCUGGAGUGAGAGACUCAGAGAGCUGUGAGCGGGAGAGGACGACUAUAAGGACCCACGCUCACCAACAUGUGCUCAGCCUCAAGCAACUCCCGCCGCCGGGUCGGCAUCGUGGGAUACGGCCACCUAGGGGAGUACCUGGUGCGGGAGCUGCAGAGGGAAGGCGGAACAUACGGCCUGGAGCUCGCCUUCGUGUGGAACCGGAGCGCUGAGCGCAUGCAGGGAAACGUGGAGCCGGAUCAGCAGCUGCGUGACUUGGAGCAAUUUGCCGAGAGGAGGGCAGAUCUUAUUGUGGAGGUUUCUCAUCCAAACAUCUCCAGGGACUUUGGGGAGAGGUUCCUUCAGCACGCAGACUACUUGGUGGGCUCUCCGACGGCCCUGGCCGACGCGGCGACGGAGAGGCGGCUGCGCGAGGCGAGCGCCACGCACGGCCGCACGCUCUACGUGCCCACUGGGGCCUUCUGGGGAGGAGACGACAUCCAGAAAAUGGCCGACCGAGGCCCUGACCGUCACGAUGACCAAACACCCGGCGAGCUUCAAGCUCGAGGGCACCCUUCGGCAGGCGAACGCUCAGGCGCUGGCGGAAGGCCCAGGGGCUGCUCGCCGCGUCUUGUACGAGGGCCCCGUGCGACGCCUCUGCCCUCUGGCCCCGAACAACGUGAACACGAUGGCGGCCGCCGCCAUGGCCGCGCACAACCUGGGGUUCGACGGCGUGACCGGCCGACUGGUGGCCGAUUCGAGCCUGCCGGACUGGCACAUCGUGGAGAUCGAGGUGAGGGGCAUGGGGGAUCCUCCCUUCAGCGUGACGACCACUCGGCGCAAUCCCGCGCUGCCCGGCGCUGUAACUGGGAAUGCCACUUACGCUUCGUUCCUCAGCAGCUUGCUGGGAGCCAAGGGUCACGGAGGCCGCGUGCGUCUCUGCUGAGUCUCGGCAGCUCACAGCUGACAACCUCUUGGACCACCCCACAAAUCGCAACCACCACACCUGAGCUAUACGACACGCCGCUACUACGACAAUCGAGCUGGAUGAACAAAAUUAUGAAUAGUAAUAAAACGCAAUGCCUGUGAUCAAA